AUGGCGCAGAGCCCGCAGCUCACCGCCGGGGGGCAGCUGCCUCAAUACGCCCCGCAACAGAACGGCUCCCGUCCUGGGAGCGCAGCAUCACACACCCAGAACCGUGCCGGCGCAUCCUCAAAUUCACCACCCAUCUUCCCUUAUGCGCCGCAGCAGCAGCCUUCUGCUCCAACACCAUCGCCGCCUGCGCCGAAGCAAACGUCGGUGCCUGUCCCGGUGCCAGGACAGCCGGCGGUGAAUGGGACUCCGGCGGCUGCCGGAGAGCCGCCCAAGAUCUCGUCUGAUGUGCCCAAACCUGCGCAGGAGUCGGCCUCUCCUGCCUUGAGCAACGGCCAGACGCCAUCCUCGGAGGAGAUUGCAAAGUCGCAGAAGUUCUCGGAGGACUACACGAAGCUGUGCACCCUCAUUGCCGAGUGUGACGAAGAUGCAGUCCGUCGAGCGGUUAGAGAUAACUUUGAAAAGUGUCUUCUGGGCUCCCACUAUCACAUGGCAUUCAUCAUGAACGUCGCCAUGCACCGUGCAGACGGUGGCAUCCUGAAAAGAGCAAUCAGAGACUUUGGCCAACGCAUAGUCUCAGAAGGAAAGGCCGACCUGGUCGGCUGGUUGAAGCCGGCAGACCUGGACGAGCUGGCGGACAACAUCCUCAGCAAGGCCAGCGACCAGUUCCUCGACAAGGCCCUCGUCACGCGGCUGCCCAAGAUCGAAGCCCGGCGCCUGGUUAAUGCCCUCGCCCGGGCGAAUCGCCUCGGGUACGACGCCAACGACAUUGUCGAGAACGAGCACGUCAUCCCUACCGCUCCCGCCCAGAGCUCGAUGCAAAGGCCACCCGCACCGGGCCCGCCUCCGCCUCCACCGCCGGCGGCGGCAGCGGCUCGGCCGGUCGGUUUCCAUCAGCCCAUGACGCCGGCGUCCAUUCAAGCGGAGGCACCACCCCCACACAGGCUGAAUCCCAUGAAUGUGGUUGUACCCAAGGCGCCCCAGAAUAUGGACAGGCCGGAGUGUACCUUCUGCCAUCGCAUCUUUGGCAACGUUGAAUCAUGGACUCAUCAUGUCAAGAAGAGGCUGUGUCUGAGACCACUUGUUGCCCUCGGCAACAGCGACCAUCUUCUCCUCUGCCCUCAUUGCGGCCAGUCGUUCAACGGACACGCUGGAUUGCAGUAUCAUAUGAUGAACAAGGUCUGCGGCGACUUUGGCCCGGUGUCCAAGGAGAUGGUCCAGAAUGUCAAGACCAUCCCUGGAGCUGCUGCCUCGUCCUACUCCGCUCCCGGGGCUCCAGGGAUGGUCUCGAAGAAGCGCCCACGUGUUGAAUACUACACCGCCUCCCAAAGUCAAAGUCCAGCACCUAGUCAAGUUCCCCAGGUGCAGGUGCAGACUCCCCAGCACCAGUCCAUGUCCCAAGUCCCGACAUCGACGCCCCAGUCAUCGUUCCCCAACAACCACCAACCGGCUCCUCUCGGGACCCCCCGUGCGAAAGAUAUGGCCCAUCUCACGGGGCCCCAGAUCGAAGCUCUUCUCUCGGAGCUGAGGCGAGCUGAAGAGGACUUCAAGUUCAAGAUCGCCGAUGCGAAGAAGCUCGGCCUGACGGAGGAGGACACCACCAAGAAGCUCACAAGCUUGCGCAACUCCUUCGCUUGCAAGCAGAGCACCAUCCGCAAGAAGUACGGCAUCAAGCUUCGGGAGCGUCGCGGCCGCGCUGAGAUGGAAGCCGAGCGGGACAUGAUGGGGUACGGCUCAACUCCCCGCAUGGGAACCCCGGCAUCCUCCGACAAACACGCGGACAAGCGCGCGCGCGUCAACGGCGCUGGAGACGCGAGCGUCACACAGUCGCAGGAGCCGCCCUCGCAGAGCACGCCGAUCAAGCAGGUUGCCGUGGCCGAUAUAGGCGGCGGGCUGACGGGCUCGAACGCGACGGCGGCGACGGAGGACCCGACGAUGGCGUCGCAGCCGACGUCGUCGUUCCAGCAGGGGUGUUAUCGCGUGCAGACGUACGAGCCCGCCAAGAAGACAUCGCCGACGAAGGUACCAGGCGGGUCUAUGACGGCGCAGGAGCUCCUGCGGCAGAUGAACGGUCCUAUUGAGAUCGAUAGCAGCAGCAGUAGCUCUGAGAGUGAGUCAUCAGAUUCGGACUCGGACUCUGGCACGAAAGAGGAUGGGGACGGGCCGGGACUCAAGGCUGAGCAGCGAUGA